AUUAGAUUUGCCACUGGGUGGCGCUUUAAACAUCCGGUGCGAUCGGUACGAAGAAAAAGAAAGCAAGCUGAAAGUCGAUUAGGCCUAGAGUCGACAGAGGAACAGGCAAUAUGACAACAAAACUGUAUGUGCCUUCAGGCUCUGCCGCCAUCAGUUCCUACAGAGAUCAACAUUUCAAGGGCAAUCGUGCAGAACAAGAGAGAUUGCUAGCAACGAGUUCUACCCUGUAUGUAGGCAAUCUAUCUUUUUAUACAACAGAGGAACAGAUUCAUGAACUUUUCUCUAAAUGUGGAGAUGUCAAGAGGAUCGUAAUGGGACUGGACAAAGUUCAGAAAACUCCUUGUGGAUUUUGUUUUUUAGAAUAUUACUUACGUGAGGAUGCCGCCAAUGCUCUGAGAUACGUCAACGGUACAAGGCUAGAUGACCGAAUUGUGAGGACAGAUUGGGAUGCUGGGUUCAAAGAGGGACGACAGUAUGGAAGAGGAAAGAGUGGAGGACAGGUACGAGAUGAAUACAGAACAGACUUUGAUGAAGGACGGGGAGGCUACGGAAAGAUAGUAGCUGGACGUAUAAGAACAAAACCUGAUCAUCAGUGAGUAUAGUUUCUGUUAUCUA